CCUUCAUCACAGCCGCAUCUCAUCGAUACCCAAGACACAAUGGAUACCUUCUUGAAUCUUGGAAAGCAGGCUUACAGCGCCUACAACGAAUCUCAGCAGUCCGACCUCCACAAGACAGGUGGUCAAGAAUACAACUCUCCCCACCACUCUGGACAGGGUCAUUCCUCGCAAGGUGGAAGGCCUGAUAUCGACCACGAUGAGGCCGUUAGGAAUGCGGAGAGCCACGGCUCUGGAGAUAGUUCUCUUUUCUCUACCGCGCUCAGUCACCUGUCUGACAACAAGAAAGCACAUGAAGAGCCAGUUGAUGAGGACGAUGUUCAAGAGGCUCAUCGUCAGGCUUAUCAAGGAGACGCAAAGGGCCUCAGCGCCGACUCUUUGGGCAGCGCAGCUGCUCUGCAGGUAUUGAAGCAAUUCACAUCCGGGAGUGGAGGAGGUGGGAGCAAGACACAGCUCAUCAGUCUUGCUAUGGCGGAGGCGACGAAGUUGUUUGACAAGUCUGGAGGUGCGGCGUCUGGUAACAAGCAAGAUGCUGUCAACGGGGCUGCUAUGACUGUUAUGAAACUCUUGGUGCAAUCAAAGUUCAGUGGUGCCAUUGGCGGUGGAAAUUCAGGUGGUCUGGGUGGUUUGUUGAGCUUGUUGGUACAAUGUACAGUUGGGAGACACGGUGCCUCAGGACGAGGGGUGGAUGUUGACUCUACUGCCGGAGGGGAGAGAUUAUUUACUGCCAGUCAAUUUGAGGCCUCUGAGGUCGAAUUUGGUUCUCUUCGAGUUUGAGGGAAGGCGGCUGAAGUUUGUUAUCUGAAUAAUGUCGCGAAUCGAGUCUAUUUGAAUCUGA